AGAAUGCUUGCUAAGACCAUAACAGGUAGUUUUGCAAGUGCGAUCCAUGGUCUGAGCAGUAGCAAUCUUACGGAAACAGUGAUCCAGAGAAGCAAGCGUAUGAUUCUGGAUACAUUGGGAGUUGGAUUGAUUGGCACCCAGACUGAAGUGUUCCAAAAAGCCUUGCAGUACAGCAAAAUAUACAGCACAGACAUCUCCAGCACUGUGUGGGGCCGAUCAGAUGUCCGCCUCCCUCCACUCUAUGCCUCUUUUGUCAAUGGAGUUGCUGUUCACUCAAUGGAUUUCGAUGAUACCUGGCAUCCUGCAACACACCCGUCGGGAGCUGUACUGCCCCCCUUGAUAGCCCUAUCGGACACCUUUCCACCCAGUCGGAAACUGUCAGGCCUGGACUUUCUAUUAGCUUUCAAUGUUGGAAUUGAAAUACAGGGAAGACUCAUGCAGUUUUCUCGGGAAGCAAGCAAUAUUCCAAAAAGGUUUCAUCCCCCUGCUGUGGUUGGUACCAUGGGAAGUGCAGCAGCUAUGUCCAAACUCCUUUGCCUGGAACUGUCCCAAUGCAGGGACGCUUUGGCUAUUGCAGCCUCAUAUUCUGGUGCUCCUUUGGCUAAUGCAGCCACACAAACCAAACCAUUACAUAUAGGCAAUGCAGGCAGGCAUGGGCUGGAAGCCGCAUGCCUAGCAUCUUUAGGACUUGAAGCGAAUAAACAAAUUCUUGAUUUGGAGUCAGGAUUUGGUGCUUUCUAUAAUGACUAUGAUCCACAAGCUCUACCAGCACUAAAGUCAUACACAUGGCUGCUGGAGAAACAAGAUGUUGCCUUCAAGCGCUUUCCUGCUCAUCUUGGAAUGCACUGGGUGGCAGAUGCAGCAUGUGCUAUCUAUAAACACAUUGUUGACGUAGAUAGAUUGCUACCAAUCAACAAGAUAGAGAAAAUUUUACUGAAAUUUCCAGAUGCUAAGUAUGUGAACCGUCCCUUCCCUACUUCGGAACAUGAAGCUCGUCAUUCUAUCCAGUUCAAUGCAUGCACAGCUCUGCUUGAUGGAGCAGUAUCUGUGGAAUCAUUCAAUGAUCACAACAUAUCAAGGCCAAAUCUCCAGGAACUUCUGGGAAAAAUACAAGUUGAACAUCCAUCUGACAACAAACCCAGUUUUGAGAAAAUGUAUUGUGAGGUUAGUGUAAUGCUUAAUAACGGAGACACUUUUACAGAGAGAUGCAACACAUUCUAUGGCCACUGGAGGAAGCCUUUAAGCAAUGAAGACCUUGUGAAAAAAUUUAAGAGCAACGCUUCCACAGUUCUGUCAAGCGAUGGAGUGGAAGGCAUUGUGGAGAUUGUGGACAAACUGGAAGAUGUAGCAGACUGUUCUGUAUUAAAUGCAAUCCUUAAAAAUAGGACUCAAUCUACGGAUGAGCACAAACAAGUCAUUCUUAAUGAUCUUUAAUUGUUAUAUAUGUGUAAAGCUGCCUUAGCUCUACUAAUGAAUGUAACCAAAAUGUUUGUCGCCACAGAGCCGGUAAUACUUUUUAAAU